AUCCAAGAGCACUCUCGCCACACCCCUAUACAUGGACCGAUCUGUCCUACAUUCUGACUUGACCUCCUUUUAGUUUUGAAUGAAAUGUUUUAGCAGAAUGCAGUUUUAGAGUAAUUCCACAGUAAAUCUACAUCAGCUAUGACUACACUGACAAUAUGGGACUGGGAGGUUGAGAAAUAUCCGCUGCAAGUAGGUGUGGGUGUCAUUAUUGGAGGAUGGACUUUUGUAAAACUUGUCAACUAUUUCUUGCAGAGGUCAAAACUUAAAAGUGCUAGAGUCAGAAAGAGGGCAGAGUGCAAACAGGCCAAACAAGUCUUGGAAGAUCAAAUUAAACAGAGAAAUAUCUCCAAAGAAGUUGUAGAAGAGAUUACCAAUCUAAGUUUGUCUGAACUACAAAGCAAACUAAAAGAUGGCACUCUUGAUGUCCUGGAUGUUCUCCACGCUUAUCAGGCAAAGGCCCUAGAGUGUGACGAGAAGACUAACUGUAUUAUAGAGCCAUUUAAGGAGGCAGAGGAGUGGGCAGCAUCUGUGAAAGAAAAUGUUUCCAAGGAUUCUCCACUGUUUGGGGUCCCAGUCUCAUUGAAGGAGAACUAUGGGGUAGAGGGUUAUGACAGUGUUUAUGGAAUGUCAGUCCUAAUUGGAAAGCCAUCACAUGAAGAUAGUGUAAUAGGCCAGGUCCUGAGAUCACAAGGUGCCAUACCAUAUGUCCGAACCAACGUACCACAGACCAUGAUAUCAUGGGAUUGUUCUAAUCCUGUAUUUGGAGCCACUAAGAAUCCCCAUGACACAACAAGGACUCCUGGAGGGUCAUCUGGUGGUGAAUGUGCACUGCUCGCUGGUCAAGGAUCAAUUCUUGGGUUUGGUAGUGAUAUAGGUGGCAGUCUACGCAUCCCGUCUAACAUGUGUGGGACGUACGGGUUCAAACCAACAGUUGGUAGACUUAGUGCAAAGGGAACACAUGGAUGCACAAAAGGACAGCAAAUAGUGAGAGCUGCCUAUGGACCUUUAGCUAGAGAUGUAGAUGGCUUAGUUACUGCUAUGAAAGCCCUGCUUGUGCCACUGAUGUUUAAACUAGACCCCACAGUCAACCCUCUACCUUUCAGGACUGAGGUGUUUGAAGAUAAUCGCAAGUUGAAAAUUGGUUGGUAUGACAAUGAUGGUUGGUUCACUCCACCCCCAUGUAUGCAAAGAGGAGUGGCCAUAGCUAAGGCUAAACUAGAGGCCAUGGGACAUACAUUGGUACCAUGGAAACCACCCAAUGCAACGCUGGGGGCUGAACUCUAUGUGAGAGCCAUGUUCUCUGAUAAAUGUGAGACAAUCAACGAAAUGCUGAGGUAUGACACAUUAGAUGUUUGCUUCAUGAUCCAGUACACGAUGGCCAACAUCUACUGGCCAUUACGUAGAUUCCUAGUCUUCAUACUACACUACCUUAUGCCGUCACUGUCUACAGGUCUGAAAGCUAUAGCUGGCUGUGACUCUGCUUAUGAUUUCUGGAACCUUGCAGUUGCAGCUGAGGAUUAUCGUAAGAUGGUAAUAGAAGACUGGCAGUCACAUGACCUGGAUGCUGUAAUAUCACCAGGAUUUGGUUGCCCAGCAAUACCAUUAAAAACCCCUGCCCUCGCGACAAGUGCAGUAAGCUAUACCACUAUAUUCAACGUGCUCAAUUUCCCCGCUGGCUCACUUCCUGUCACGAAGGUGAAUGCAGCGGACACUGCCAACAUGAAGGACUACCCAACUAUUGAUCUUGCUCAUAAAACAGUGAAGAAGGGCAUGGUUGGAGCAGAGGGCCUUCCUGUCAAUGUGCAGUGUAUAACUCUACCUUGGCAUGAGGAACAAUGCUUAAGAGUGAUGAAGGACCUUGAAACAGCUUUAAAAGCAUAAACAUUCCAGACACAUCAGAUACGCCAUAUGCACAGUAUUUGACAUUUAUGAUAUAUACACCAUACACUCAUAUAUAAAAUGAUAUGAUUCAAAAUGUUUUAAAAUGAGUAAAUGGGAAAUUGCAAUAUGUGUGUUUAUUAGCAGUGCUAGAUAACAAUUACAAUGUAUAUAAUGAGGGGAAUGAUAUUUCUUCAAGACUGUAUUGGACCAAUAAAAAACAUAACAUUGCAGUAGACUUCAUAACAGUAAACCCUAUUUAAUUGGAGUAUCUAAUAGUACCUUACAAAAAGUGUCCAACUUUGGAGGUGUUCUCUGUAAUUUUCCACUUCUUUCCAUCAUUUUUCACUUCCUUUCAUAAUUUUCCUUUUCAAUAUUUUUCAUUUCUUUCCAUUAUUCUUCACUUCCAUAAUUUUUUAAAUCUUUCCACAUUUUCCACUUCUUUUUACAGAGAUGGAAGACCAAUCCAUUCAAUGGUGCUGUUUUAUUUAAACCUCAUGUUAAUGUUUCAUGUUAUUUUACAAUAAUUAUAAAAAGUUAGAAAACAUAAAUUAUAUGUUAUGUAUAGUGUACUAAAAUGUAUAUUCUUAUCUAGUUCUGUGAGGUUUACAUGUAAAAAUGUAAAAAUUAUUGUUACAACGAUUGUUCAAAUGAGUAGAUCCCGCAAUAUAAAAAAAUUGUUUUUGUGUUAUGUAAUUCAUGUGUUUGAUUGAUAAAAGGCUUUGCUGUGGACUAUGUUUUUGUAUAAGUGCACAUAGAAGAACACAGGGC